UAAAUUCAAAUUUAAUAUUCUCUUAGAGUUCCAACGGUGGGAGUUCUUUGCUGAUUUUGUGUAUGAAAAUGUAAAGAAUACAUGGAAUUUUCUUUGAGCACCGUUGAGAAGGCACUAGCACUGACCUAAAAGUGUUGUAUUUUGUCUCGUAUAACUCAAGAUAGUGUCAGAUAUUAGAAUCGGAAAAACAGAGCUGAAUAUGGCUAGGUGUAGGUUGUAAACAUAUCUAGGGUAUCAUUUACCAGUUUUGACUUGGCUUUAGUUCUACUCCAGUAUUUUGAGUUAUAAGAUUUGUUUUUGGCGAGUGCUGGGUGCAGGAAAAUGGGAUUGUCUGUUCUCUGUGCAUCGCAAAAAUUAAGUAGUCUGGUCAAAUGUACUGUUGGAGAGAGAGGAACAGGAGGUAUUCGUGGGUUGAUGAUGACCGAAUGUUAAAUAUAUGCUGACAUUUGAAGUACGUUAUGUUUAUAUAUUGAAAAGAGGCUCUUUUAAAAGAUUAUAUUGGAUGAACUGGAGCGUGAGUAAGCUGGAGAGAUGAUGCUUCAUAAGGUCGUACUGGACAAGUUUUCUGGUCGCUCUCGUGGUUUUGGAUUUGUUUCUUUCGAACAAGAGAGAGCCAUGGAAGAAGCCAUUGAAGCGAUGAAUGGUAUGGAGUUGGAUGGACGGUCCAUUACUGUUGAUAGAGCUCAACCUAACCAGGGCUCUGGUAGAGACCGGGAUGGGGACAGGGACCAGGACCGUGAUAAGGGACGUGAUCGUGAUAGGGGUAGGAAUCGGGACAAUGGUGGUGGGCGUGGAUCUGGUGGGGACUGUUUCCGGUGUGGAAAGCCUGGGCAUUUUGCUCGGGAAUGUCCCUCUGGAGAAGGGUCAAGAGGAGGCAGAUAUGGUGGAAGAGAUGACAAAUAUGGUGGUGGCAGUCGGCAUGGCCCUGAUCGUAAUGGUGAUAGGUAUGGUGGACGAAGCAGAGACUCUGGUAAUCGCGGUGGAUCUGGGAAUGAUAAGUAUAGCCGCGAGCGGUCUGGUCCAUAUGAGCGUCCAUCAUCCGGUGGCUACCGUUCAUGAUAGCACCAUUGAUGGCUGACUGACAGUGCAGAGAGUAUCUACAAGAUCAACGUUUUCUUAUUUUUGUAUCACAUCAGCUGAAGUACUUUUUCUCGAGAUGAGGCUUAGUCAUAAGCAUGGUCUCUUGCUAUUUGUGACUCUUCUGAACUAAGUUUGUCGAAUUACAUUCUGGAUCAUUACAUUUUAGAAUGCUGGUAUCCUUUGUUGGAUUAAGUUUUUGCCUGUUGGUUAAUUUCUAGAUUGUCAAUAUUGAUAUAAGACUCCGGGUUCAAGAAUCAAUUACGAUAUAUGUUCUUACA